GAACACCACGGGCCAGAAGUGGUCCAUCCUUUCGACUAGCAAGCAGCUGCCUGGCGACGGCUCGCUCACGACGGUGAUAAGCUAUGCGGCGGGCAAGCUGGUAGAGCUCAUGAAGGAGGCCAACGUGUACGACGCGCAGAAGGACGGCAUCCAGAGCAAGCUCCCCGACUGGGAGGACGCCAAGGCCACGGGCAGCGGCUCCGAGGGGAAGGGCGGCGACGGCGACGGCGGCGCAGGCCGGUGGAACGAAGCCGAGACCGUGCCAGAGUCAGCGGCGCCAGCGGCGCCAGCAGAGGCACCCGACGAAGGCAUCUCAGCAGCAGUGCCAGCAGAACCAGCGCAGGCAUCCGACGGAGGCAGCUACGUUGCACCAGCAGCAUCGCCAGCGGAGAACGCCGGCCAGAAGCCAGCCAGCCGACUCCAGAGGCAGGGGUCGCGCUUCUUCGACAGCGAGCUCGGCCAGGGCGAAGACGAGAAGAUGUCGAGAGACGAAGACACGGUCGGCGACGACGACACGGUCCCUGGCGACCCCGGCGACCCCGUGCUGGUCGACAGCGACGUCGGCGAACCAGACCAGGGCGACGCGGUCGGCGCCAGCUGA